AUGUUUAAGUUAACGGCGUUCAGUAUACUAAUAUUCAUUGCUCAAGGCAAUGCUUCCUUCAUAGAAAAAUCAAAUUUUACAAAGCUAAAUUUAAAGGAAAUUGAUAUCUGGGACUUGGGAAACCAUACCGAUGUGCUUGCCUCUGACUCUGUGARUCGUAUAAAUGGCGGACGGCCGGUAGAACAAAUCGUUCCGUACCAGGUAUCGUUGCAGGUGUUCCGACGUGGACGYUAUCAUCACUUUUGUAGUGGUUCCAUUAUCAGUCCUCAGCACGUUCUUACCGCCGCUCAUUGCUUAACGAAGAUGAACCCGAAUGAGAUCAGUGUUGUUGUCGGUACAUUGACAUGGCGCARUGGUGGUGAUCGUCAUGGGGUUAUAGCAAUGCGCUCCCACCCGGGUUUCUCAUCGAGUUCAUUAAUUAUUAAUGACAUUGCGGUGUUAAAGGUAACUCCGUCAUUCAAUUUGGCCAGAACAUCAAUAAGCACAAUUUCGUUGGGUAAUCGAGCACGUGUGGGUGAUAAAGUGGCAGUGCGUUUGACAGGCUGGGGCUCCCUGACGCCUACGGGAUCGACCGGUUUGCCAGAACGAUUGCAAGUGUUAGAUUAUCACACCAUAUCGAACCAGGAAUGUGCCCAACGUGGAUUUCGYAUAACAGCCAAUGAGCUUUGUGCCCUCGGCGAAAGAGGUCGCGGCGCUUGUGUGGGUGACUCCGGAGGUCCACUUACAAUAUCAAACGGCACACCGCAGCUGGUCGGGAUUGUUUCCUAUGGCACGGCGACAUGCGCCCUGGGUCGGCCUGAUGUUUACACAAGAGUCUCAAGCUUUCUGCCAUACAUUAAUAGAGUAAUAAGCAGUGAAAUACCGUGA